CACGGUUCUGUGGCAGCACAAAAGCUUUGCUUCUAGUGCAAAAUCUCAAACCUUCAGAAAACUAUUGCUCCUCUGUGGACGUACCGUUCUGUAUUUGCUAUUUGGAUGUUAUGGAUAGGAACAGUACUUUUCCUCCAAUCACAUGGCCACCAAAAUUUUGGGAGCAGAUAACAAUAGCUUUCACAGUGUCCAUGGUGAUCGGACUGGUGAUUGGAGGCAUCAUCUGGGCAUUUUUCACCUGCUUGUCCCGUCGCAGAGCUAGUGCCCACAUUUCCCAGGGGAGCCCCUCAUCCUUCAGCCGUCGGUCCAGACCUUCCUCCCAUGGCCACAAUGCCGGCAGGACUGGAUUUUACCGCAACAGCAGCUGCGAACGUCGGAGCAACCUGAGCCUGGCCAGCCUCACCUUCCAGCGGCAAGCCUCCUUGGAGCAGGCCAACUCUUUCCCCAGGAAGUCAAGCUUCCGUGCAUCCACCUUCCACCCUUUUCUGCAGUGUCCUCCCCUGCCCGUGGAGACGAACAGUCAGCUGAUCACCCUCACUCCCACGAACACCACCACAACCCUCGUGGGAAGCACCACCAACAGCUUGAGUCGACCUGAAUUCCACUGGUCCAACAACAACCUCCGCAUCUGCCACUCCACGCAAACGCCGCCUCCCGCCUAUGAAACCAUCAUAAAAGCUUUCCCAGAGUCCUGAGCUUUGUCCUAGCUGCAAACACACAAGUGCUUCUUAGGAGGAACCGCAAUUAUCUCGACAAUUUUCUGUGCGUGAUGAAGAUCUCUGAGAAGUCUCCAGCUGCAGUUGCAGAGGGGACGUACUUUGCCAAGAGGCGCGUAGCAGUGAUUUCAUGGAGCCCAACAUCCCACUGUCUGAGAGAUCACUUGUCAUUGCACUACUGGCUUCUAUUUACUGCUCUGCUGUAUGCUUGCAUAUUUAUAGUGUUGUAUCUUUAAUUGCAGCCAUUGUCUCUUUAUUUUAGAGGGAAAAAUGCUGCCACAUAAAAACUAAAUCAUUUCUUGAAGAAACAGAUAAUACUAGAGAUUACUGAUAUACACAGCAUAUCAAUGCAAAUUUCACUGUCCUUUUUUUUUUAAAGAAGUUUUGAUUUUACAUGUUUUUGUUAUAUUUUCAGAGAGCACCUCCCAUUAUCCACCUUCUUGCUAUAACCCCAGAAGAGCUUCUGUCUGAGGAACCUUAAAUCCAGACCUUGUAGAGGAUGCAGUCCUGGCUGCUACAGACAUCCUGUUGUUUUGAUUGCAAAGAUUCAAUCUGAAAAGACUCCAUAUUAGGGAUGCUUGCUUAAAAUUCCCUACAGUGUGGGAAAAAAAUGUGAAACAUAUAUAUAGCUUCAUGCAGAAAUAAGUUUUGAACAACAUACUAAAUGCAUGAUAACGAUUAUAAAGAAUUUUCUGUCUGCAGCCAGCAGAACAGGUAGUCACAUUUUAAUACGCAGUGAGGCUGUAUGGGCAGAACUCCUCAUGUUUCAUUUUUCUACUUCUGGUUAUCCAGAUAAGCAGUAUGAAUGACAACUAUUUUUUAAUUAAGUUUCCUGAUUUCCUAUGGGAUUAGUCAUUUCCUUAUUUCAAAUUGUUUUUCUCAAAUUGUACCAACGUUUAAUUCUUUCUUUUAUUCACUGAAAUCUUGUCUUUCACUAAAACAAGAUUUCAGACAUCUGUGGCUGAAUACAGGGAUUGUAUAAUGAAUUGGGAUAUGAAGAUAAAGACGAAGUAUUUAGCUGAGGCUUACAUAUAUUCUUGACUUUUAUAUGUGUAUCAUGCCAAGCUAACCCCUGGCUUAGUAGAGACUAAUUGCUCUGAUGUGACAAAAUGUUCAGGAUAUGGAAAUAGCAGAGACAAAUGGGACCCGAAUUAAGUCUUAUUGUAUCAGUUUCCUGUUAAAUGUUUCAUGGCCAAAUUAAGGGCAAAGGAUUUCCACAAGUGUAGAGAAGCUGUCCACACUCCAUGCUUGCAAAUAUGCCUGUUGUUUCUAAAAGGUUUGGACAAUACCAGCCUCAGAACUCCUGAUUCUGUAGAGAGAACAAGUUCUUAUCUCUCUUCUGGGAGGGACAAAGAUUCAGCAGCUUCUGAGAAUGGGCAAAAUGCUUAACAUCUCCCAGGUUUUCCAGGUUUUUGGAGAGUGGCAGCAUGCAUCUCUUUGCUGAGGCCAACAUCCCUCGCGAGGCCCUGGCACCGAUCUGUGAUCCUCAGUAUUCCAGCCCAAUAUCCACCCAUUCGCAAAUAAUGCUACAAACAUUGAGCUUACAAGCAACACUUACUGUAAACAAGUAUUUCUUAUUGCACAGGCAAAUUAUUUCGCAUAUAUUUACUGACUGGAUUUCAUUGUUUCAUUUUUAGUGUGCAGAACAUCUGGAGAGAUGUAUGUCAUUGCUAGAAGAACAACCAUUUACAGAGUUUACAGAGCAUUUCACUGCAGACACUAUGAGUUCUAGCACACUCAGAACUUGCUGAUAAGACUGUAACACUACAUUUGGCUGAUCACAGGCUACAGACUUAAAAUAGCAGUCUUCUGAAGAAAGAAAGCUGUGCUUCUUCAUUCAUUAAUGAUUUUUUUUUUCAUUUAGAGUUUUUCUGAGUCUGGUGGAUUUCAUUGCAUGCAAAAAUAUGUUCAAAGUUUCCUUCCUAUAGAAUAGGUGAUGCAGCCUAUUCUAACCUGCCUACAAAAAGAAGAAUUCAAGCCUGCUGUCUUUGUUUAGUGGGUUUGAUGGACUGUGGAAGAGGUAACUUACCCUACCAGCUGUGUACCCAGUGUGCACCCAGCUGGCCAAAACUGCUUGUUCUUUGAGAGUGAAAUCAUUUUAGAUGAGUGAGUUUUUACUUCUGGAUUGUAAGAGCACAUUACAUUACAACAGAACUUUCCACAGCACAAUUAUGACACAAUUAUUACUUGUAUUACACGGUAUUUAGUAAACAAUGUAAAGACGAAA